UUUUUUAUACAAAUGUUUAUUAUUUUUAAGUAUGCUGCAAAUUAGUUCAAGCUUAACGAUAAACAGUGUGCCGUGGGGCCGGGCUAGUGACCUCAGUAUGUCGUCAACAAGCAGUUCUAAAGCCUCUCAGGACUCAACAGACCUAAAUGUGAUAUACUUCGACAGACAUAGCCUGCCGUAUUUCAAAGCUUGUAUGUUUGCUACGAUAUUAGAAGAUGCUAUGAUGCAAACAAAUAUUCUUCAAUCAUGUAACACAGAGCUUCAGCUUAACAAAAUAAAGGGCGCAAUGACGCAGCUUCUCGCUGACAAAUUUGGUGUCGUUAGAAAAGAAGUUAAAGACGAGCUGGACCUCAUUGAUCCGAAAAACUUAGGCUGCUUAGAGUAUAAGAUUGACAAGUUGGAAAACGACAGGAACUUUUUAUAUCAAGUUUUGAAGGAAACAUACUUGGAUCUAUCGAAACAUCGCCGAUGUCAUGCACUCUUUGAUCAUGUUUGUAAAAUUAACAAUAAACACGACUAUCGUGAGAAUUUGAUUGAAAUUGAAGCCAAAAAUAGGAUAGUCCGUCGUGAUUUGAACCGACAACUGCGUCAGCAACGAAACCACUUCAAGUCCGUCACUUACGAUAGCAACACAGUCAUCGACGAACUCAAAAAUAAAGUUGGAGACGCAGCGUUAAAUGUAGAAAUCUGCGACCGAUACGUCAAAAACUGGCAAAAUGCGCGCACCGAGCAGCACACACAGAGGAUAUGGGAUAAAGAAGCUCCUUGCACACAAGUAAUCGAAUUCUAUAAGCAAAAGAUCGACCAAGAGCAACGCGUGCACACAGAAGUGGAGCUACUUAUUAGUAUUCUUAUAAACGAAACGUUGGAUAAAGUUGAACACUGGAUGGCCAAGUAUGAAAAAGAUAUGGAGGCAAUGGAUUUAAAGAUCCAGCUUAAAAAGAACGAGUGGGAGAAUACGGAGGAACGUAGAAUUCAGCUCGAGGAAAAGCUCAAGAAACACGGCGAAGAAAUAACAGACUGGGUGAGCUUCAAGGACAAGCGCGAAGCAGACCGCUUGUACCGGGAGAACAUGAACAAGUCGGCGUGCAUGAUACAGGCCUGGUGGCGCGGCCUGCUCGUGCGGCUCGAGCUGGGCCCCUACAAACCGGUCAAGAAGCGACCCACGCAAGAUAAGAAGAAGAAGAAAUAAUUUGAUAUUUGCUUCCAAGGUCGA